CAGCCUUGAAAAGCAACUUGUCAACAAUAGUUGAAUAUUCCCAGUAGGCACAUUCCACAGAAUGGACAUACAUGUGAUAAAUAAAUAGGAUUUUAUUUGGGUGAUUUCUAGAAAAUAUUCAUGAUGCACUGGGGGGGGGACCCCUGUGAAAUGAUGCAGGUCAAGCUUGACAACACGAACAGUGGUGAGUAUGGGGAUACUAUGUGUAACUUAGCUCCGUAUUUAGGAGACGGGGCUUUAGGAGAGAAGCCCUCUGUGAAGGGGGUCUCGGUGCUGGGGAGCUGGUUACUGUUGUUGUCCAAAGGCUUUGAAGGUGGAGGAGGCGUUCUGCUCUGUCUAUUUGUUGGCCACGCCCUGCCCCUGUUUCAAACAUACAAAACCGCCUGCAGCUGCCCCAACGCCUGCAUUGCUGCCCUUCAUCACAUCGGUUAACACGGGGUUAGAAAAGAGCAGAAGAUCUGAACUAUCCCAACAGGCUCCAGUCCAACCGAACCGAACCGAGACGAGUGGAGUGGAUACCCCAGUCAGACGGGAUAGCUAGCUAGACACAGACACAGCCUUGAAAACAUCUUUACCGUCAGUCCUCUCAUGCACCGUCCCGUUUCACCUGUCGCCUCCGCCGUUAUUGUUGUUUGAUUAUUAUUGGAGGCCGCUCGCACCUUGUUAUUCCGGUGGGGGGGGGAGUACAUCCUAUAUGGCCGCGACGCUGAUAACGAUGAGCUCCGGGACCGGGACAGGGCAGGACGAGAUGUUCUACACCCUGCUCAAGCCCAUGCUGUCGGAAGGCUUCCCGGCCGAGGAGUCGGCUCUGUUCGGCUUCGAUACCAAGAACGCGCUGAUGGAAAGGAGUGGACGGAAUGAGUACACGCAGCAGGCAGGGAAGUGUGCGCUGGAUAAGUACCUUUCCCCCCAGACACAGCUACUGAUGCCACCACCACCCGACCCCCCAGAGCAGAAGUCGUCUCGGCGGGACAGUGCCUCGGUGGUGGAUCACUUCUUUGGAGACGACCAGGGUGGAUCUCCUUACAGCAUCAAUAUGAACGUGUUCCUCCCCGACCUGGCCUACCUGAGGAUGGGCUUGUGUCGGCCGGCAUGCCCAGGGCCUGGGGGUAACGGUGGAGGGGUGGGCCAGCAGGUCAAAACGGAGCCCCCUGCUCCCUCUCCCUUCGCCCAUCCUCACCCUCGCUGCCCCAGCAGUAGCGUCCACGGUAACGGCGUCCACCUUUCCACGGUAACGUCGGUGUCUUCUUCUUCUUUACCAGAGUUCACUAGUGUGUUCAGCCCGUCGGGCGGUGGUGACCCGACCUCCAAUGCCGUGGCAACGGGGGGUUCUGUUUACGUGAAGGAGGAGCUGGGGACAUUCGACCUGCCUCACGACGAAUCUCUGUUCCAGCUGCUCUCCGCGGAGCUGGACUCCGCCCCUCUCGCACCCCUGCAUCACCACCACAGCGAUGACGCUCAUCACCGGGCGGGGCAGCAGCAGCAUCACGGGGGUUCCUGUCCAUCACCCGUCAUGCACACCUUCCACGACCUCCACUUGGCCGUCCAGGCCCAGCAGCAACAGACUGCCAAGGCAAGUUACUGUGGUGGGCUGCACAGCGUGGGAGGGACCUACCCUCACUUCCUCCAGCAGCCCCAGCACCAUCAGGCCAUGGCCCCUUACCUGCCCCCCUCACCUCCCAGCUCAGAGCCCAGCUCCCCAGACCGUCAGAAGGACCUCCUUCAGAACCUCUCCCCUCCCCCCUCCUACGCCGCCACUAUCGCCUCCAAGCUGGGAGUCGGCGUCUCCCCCAGUCUCUCCCCCACCGGUGUGGCUCGGCCCCCAGCCUCAAGUCUAACUCAAGCCCCAGGCUCCGGCCCGGCUCCAAGCCUGAACCAGUCCCAGUCCAUGCCAGUCCGCUACAACCGCAGGACCAACCCAGACCUGGAGAAGAGGAGGAUACACCAUUGUGACUUCCCAGGAUGUAAGAAAGUGUACACCAAGUCUUCCCAUCUGAAAGCCCAUCUGAGGACGCACACUGGUGAGAAGCCGUACAGGUGUUCGUGGGAGGGGUGUGACUGGCGUUUCGCCCGCUCUGAUGAGUUGACCCGUCACUUCAGGAAACACACAGGAGCCAAACCGUUCCAAUGCUCAGUCUGCUCCCGCUCCUUCUCCCGAUCUGACCACCUGGCCCUGCACAUGAAGAGGCACCAGAACUAACACACACACACAGACACACACAGACACACACACACACAGACACACACACACAGACACACACACACAGACACACACACACAGAGACACACAGACACACACACACACAGACACUCACAUUCAAAACGCUAACUUGAAUCACAAAUAACAUGCACUCAAACCAGGGAAUGUUAAACCUAAACUACGCAGUGGUACACAACCACUUUUCUGGAAUGUUCCUUGUUGUCUAGACCAGUGGCUCCCAAACUGUGGGCUGGGUCCUGGUUGUGGUAGGUGGUAUGAUAUAUUUUUGUGAAUUGCACAAAAUGGAAGAAAAAAAAAAAAAAACGCUUUCAGUGUAAACUUAAACCACUAAAACCAAAUGAAAAGUAUCUAGAAAAGAUAAUGGACCUAUAUCAUUUUUUAAAAAUAAUAUCCUAUAAUCUUUGAGAACGUACAUUCACCAAACUGGAAGCUAGCCAGUCAGUCCCCCAUUGAUGUUGUUGUAAUGUUGGAGCAGAAGAACGCAGCAUUAGCCACGUCAAAAUGGGCCUCAAUCUUCUUCCCCAGGGCCCAGACACGACUCCGCCCAUUGCCACGCCCCCUGCCACACCCCUUUCCCAUCCAGAAUAAACCCCUGCAUUGUCACAAAUAAUUUCAUAAUUCUACUGUACAUUUCUUAACAUUUUCUUCUUUGAAGAAGAGGGUAUUAUUCAUAUUUUUUAUUUUUUGGUCUGUGUGUGUUUUUUCACUGCUCAACCCUCAUGGUGGGUCGCGACUCAAAAAAUAAGUUUGGAAACCCCUGGUUUGGACUACAGUAGAACUUAUCAUCUAGGGGGGGGGCUGGUACUGCUAUUGAACUAUUGAUGUGUUCAGGUUCUGUGUUGUUAUGGCAAUCUCACAUGUUCCCUCUAAAGGGGGAAACGGUUCCACCUGUCUUUUUUUAGUUUUAGUUUUAUGUGUGUCCGUAACUACGGUAGCAGAACUGUUUCUCACCAAUCCUUUUCAUUUUGCACUUAAAUGGUUUUGACUGGAAGAUGACAUCUGUUAGUUUUCCUAAAACACAUCACUGGAAUCAUAGUAAUUCUCCACACCAGGUGCCUCCCAAACGUCUCCCUAUACUAUAUGGGGAAUUGUGAUACUCCUCAUCGGGUGCAGUAUAGGGAAUAGUAAUACAAAAACAAUAAGUUAUGAUCUUCUCUCUAGAUGGAAGGAGAGGUGAUUUUUUUUAUUAUUUAAAUCCAGGUAGAUGAGGUAAAGACUUGGGAGAUGAGCUGUAUAAUUUGUACAGACCUCUUUACACACUGGUGAAAUAUGAUUUUCUGCGCUUCUCUCUCCGGUGCUUUAUCCUUUUUAAUAGAGGGUGUCCAAUCGAAAAAAACGCGUAUUUUGAACCAAUGGGUAAAAAUAAUGUUAAUUGUGUAGAUAAUCCUCUUAAGAAAACCAACGGUCCAAACCUCAUGUCUCUAUCGUGAUACGUUCAGUUUUUACCUUUUUUUUGUAGGAUGGCCAGAAUUAGGGUGACUAAAUCAAUGAAGGCCAGAGAAACAAAUGGUCAGAAAUCAGGACAAUGGCAUUGUGACAGCCAGGCUGUAUGAUCAUUAUCUCCCCGACAUGCUUACCAUUGUACUGUCAUCUUGGCGAAUCCGGAGGACAUAAAACAAUAUCAAGGUAAGAUGGAUAUCGAUUUUUGAGACAUGCCAUGUAGUAUUUUUAUAUUUUAGUAUAAGCUUUUCAUAUUAAUGCGUAGUUCCUGUUCUUUUUCGAAGACUUGUCAAGAAAACAAGUGUAUCUCUGAACUGUCAAACGAGCACUGAGCAAACUCCCAAGCUUUUUAUUUUCAAAGCAUUUUACAUUUAAUUCAGCUAAUUUAGCUUUUUGCGAGCGGCGGAAACAACUUUUGAAGACGACCACAAAAUGUAAAAUCCUCAAAAGGUUCGGCGAUAAGGCUCCUCCGCUCUCUAUCGGAUGUAUUAGGUUACGAAAUCAGACUUUUUGGAUAUAAAAUUAAUCAUAUGUUAGAGAGACCCGACUGAAUGAUUCAGAAACGUGAAGAAUCAUAUUUGUCUUGGUAAAAUGUAUUUUAUAGCAUAAGGAAGUGAAACGUUUUCUCCUCCUCCGGGCAGAGUGGUGGACACCUUUACUUAAUAUUGAAUGUAAUAUAUAAGACCACAUUGACUGUUGUUCUGUCAACUGAAGGACUGGAGCUUCAGACAUCGUUUCAUCCGAAGUGCGCCUCUGUGGUCUUCUGAGCUCCACCUAAAAGGUACUUUGAGCAAUUUGGGCGCGUCCCAAAAAGCACCCUUUUCACCUUAAGUGGUGCACUAUGUAUGGAAAUAGGGUGCCAAUUGAAACUGCCUGGUACUAUAAUGCAAAAUCUAACUUUAUUUAUUUAAUGAUACUUGGACAAGAGGGAAUCAAUCUUUUCUCAGAUCUGCCAUUUUAUUUUGUGUAACUAAAAUGCCUUAAUGUAAAUACCUGCUCUGUAAAUAAUGUUUGAUUUUUAGUUUUUUGCUCUUAUUAUUAUUAUAUUUUUUAACAAAAGGGAAGAACUUGCAAACUGCCCUGCACCCAUGCUGUGUGACUUUUAUUUUAGUUUUAAAUAUUUUAAUGAUGGUAUUGUUUUUAUAUUUGUAAUUUGAACCUAUUUUGUAGAUUCACUUUUGGUAAAAAAUGUAAACUCUGAAGACUGAGAUUGUUGUUCUCUUUGAACUGAGUGAAACAAAUAAAUCCUAAUCAAUAAAUAAA